AUGGGUGUCGCUCAGUCAAAACGGAAAACUCGGCUAAGCGAGGACGUCACUUUCAGGAAAAAUCAUCGGUCCAUGUUUGCCGAGAAAGCAUCAACGACUUCAUCGUCUUCAUCAAGACGUAGUCAUCAAAACACUUUGCCUCGCUCUUCAGCAAAAUCGGCAAUACAUCAGCACUCAUCCGGUGAUGCAUCACUGAUGGUGCACCCUCGCUCUGCACUAUCCAGCAUAAGUCUUCCCCAGGAACAACAGCAACAGCAACAGAGACAGCAGCAGCAGCAGCAGCAGCAACAUAAUUACUAUCAUCAACAAGGAGGAGGAGAACUAGAGUCACGUCACCAUACUUAUCAGGCGCAGCACCAUCAGCCUCAAAAGGAUAGUGAUCUCGGUAAAAAUUAUGUCGGCCUUGAAUUCAGUAGUCGCUUCUUGCCGGAUGACUGGGAUUCGCAAGACCGAGGGCUUACCCUCCAUUUUGCCCUUAAAAGAAUUUUUGGCGGUAAUGUGCUGCCGCCAGUCCUAUCAUGGUUCAGCAGCAAUGCUCGCGUGGUAGAUAUCGGGUGUGUCAAUGGUGCAUGGUUGAUGGACAUGGCAGUUCAGUUUCCAAAAUGCCAAUUUUUUGGGAUAGAAACCGCAUUAUCACCUACCACAGUGAUUCCACAAGUCCUGUCAAUGCAUAAUGUGAGGUUUGAAAGCGUCGACUGGGAAGCACGCCGAAUUCCGCUGCCAGAUGCAAGUGUGGAUAUCUGCCACAUGCGUGCACAGAGCUUAAAUUUCGAACAACGCCGAUGGUUAGACUUGCUGAGUGAGGCAUACCGUAUCCUCAAACCUGGUGGCGUUGUUCAAAUCACCGAUUUUCAUUACGCAAUGACAGGCACCGUCCUGAUAGAGUCGUUUAUUGACACGGUACGAAACAUCCUAAACACUGUGGACACGGAUAUCGAUAUUGCACUAAAGUUGGACAUGAUGCUAAGAGGGGCCGGGUUCCAAGUCAUCGAGUCAAAACGAACCAAGGUCAACUUUGCUUCGCAUGGUCAGCUUGGUGAAGACUUUAUGGCAGCCACGCUCAACGCUUUCGAAGAAGCUCAGGAACUGUUGGCACCCAAGAUGGGGCUGGAUGAGGAUGAAUAUCGACAACGCGUGGAAAUGAUAUGUGCACAAUGCGUUCAACAAGAUACACAUAUCAACUGGUAUGCAGUCGUUGGCCGGAAACCGAUCAGUAGUUAA